AUGCCACCUCGCCCACCUCGUCCGGCUGCGGCAAAGAGGAGGAGCGUCUGCCGCCUGUCCAAGAAGCCACGAGACUCAUUGAACGCGACGUACGCGUUGUAUCAGCAGCCAGUGGAAAUUGCCGCAUCUCCCGUGACCGACGAGGAGCGAGCAUACUUUUUGGAAUGGGUCACGAAAAGAAAUCUCUCGAAACAGUACUUUGUGUUGGCGCUCACGUAUUGGAUGAGAGUUAGGUCCAAGAUAUGGGCGAAUAUGCUGGUCAAGGAACAUCGAAAAGAAUUGUACAUGAUCGUUUGCAUCCACAUAGCACUGAAGUGGCUCGGGUACGACGAGGUACUCAGUUGCAACUUCGUCCAAGACUUGCGGGAAGUCGCUGCGGUCACCAUGGAUGUACACCAAGAGAUCGAGUUUCUCGUGCUAAGCGAGCUUGGUUGGCUGCUUUGA